UCCUCUGUACCCGACAACUACAAAUAUCACCAUUUUAUCGUAUCUCGUUUUUGUUAUUUUCAGAUCUAAUAUCUCUUUUCCCUGAUUUUUUCUGUUUCAACAAAAAAAAAAAAAAUUAUACUUCAGCUUCGACCUAGUUACUAUUGUUUCUUCAUUCAUAACCUUAAUUUCUUCAAAGCAUGAUUUUUUCAAGAAUUGGGCGUUCUCUAUCGCGUUCUUCUCGCGUUAAAAAUUUGUUGCACGGUGAAACAAGAUUGGGAACGCUUUAUGGAGUUUCGAGAACGAAUGUUUUUGUCGAUGACGUUGAAAAGGGAUUAGGGUUUGUAAGGGGUUAUGUAUCUUCUGCCAUAGCUCGCAAUAAUGGGUUUGGUUCAAAUUUGUAUGAUUUUAAAUCAAUUGCUGCAAACCGUAUGCUUCAUCGCAUGUUUUCGAGCGAAUCCCCAAAGAAAAAGAAUUAUGAAAAGUUUUAUCCCAAGGAAAAAAAGGAAGUGCCAAAGGGAGAGGAGAAAAAAUCUGAGUCUAAAGAUGAGUCAAAGUCAAACACAGAGGAUGGAGGUAGUUUUCACGAAGCUUUUAUAAAACAGUUUCAAAACUAUCUCACCCCACUGUUGGUGGUGGGACUAUUUCUUUCAUCCCUUUCUCUUGGUCCUCGCGAUCAGCAGCAGAUUAGUUUCCAGGAGUUUAAAAAUAAGCUUUUGGAACCAGGAUUAGUAGACCAUAUUGUUGUCUCCAACAAAUCAGUUGCCAAAAUAUAUGUGAGGAACUCUCCCCUUAAUCAAGCAGACAGCGAAGUCCAAGGAACCCUUCCUGCAAAGGGAUCUGGUGGCCAAUAUAAAUAUAUAAUCAAUAUUGGAAGUGUCGAGUCUUUUGAGGAGAAGUUAGAGGAAGCGCAAGAAGCACUAGGCGUUGACUCUCACAAUUUUGUACCUGUUACAUAUUCUUCUGAAAUGGUUUGGUACCAGGAGUUAAUGAGAUUUGCGCCAACCCUGUUGCUUUUGGGAACUCUCUGGUUUAUGGGAAGGAAAAUGCAAGGUGGAUUUGGUGUUGGUGGUGGCUCCACUGGUAAGGGUAGUCGUGGAAUAUUUAACAUUGGAAAAGCACAUGUUACUAAAGUAGACAAAAAUACCAAAAACAAGGUUUAUUUUAAAGAUGUUGCUGGGUGUGAGGAGGCAAAGCAAGAAAUUAUGGAGUUUGUGCACUUUCUCAAGAAUCCUAAGAAAUACGAAGAGCUUGGUGCCAAAAUUCCAAAAGGUGCUCUUCUGGUGGGUCCCCCAGGCACAGGAAAAACUCUUUUAGCAAAAGCAACUGCAGGCGAGUCUGGUGUGCCAUUUCUUUCCAUAUCUGGUUCUGAUUUCAUGGAAAUGUUUGUCGGUGUUGGACCAUCCAGGGUGAGAAACUUGUUUCAGGAAGCAAGGCAGUGUGCUCCCAGUAUAGUAUUUAUUGAUGAGAUUGAUGCAAUUGGUCGGAAAAGGGGUCGUGGAGGUUUCUCUGGUUCAAAUGAUGAGCGUGAAAGUACUUUAAAUCAAUUGUUGGUGGAAAUGGAUGGUUUUGGAACCACUGCUGGAGUUGUUGUGCUUGCAGGUACAAAUAGAGCUGAUAUAUUAGACAACGCCUUACUUAGGCCUGGGCGUUUUGACCGCACGAUAUCAAUUGAUGUACCCGACAUUAAAGGUCGUGACCAGAUAUUUCAGAUUUAUUUGAAAAAAAUCAAACUUGACCACGAGCCUUCAUAUUAUUCUCAGAGGCUUGCAGCCCUUACUCCAGGAUUUGCUGGAGCAGACAUUGCUAAUGUUUGCAAUGAAGCUGCUCUGAUUGCUGCAAGGACUGAUGAAUCGCAAGUCACAAUGGAUCAUUUCGAGGCAGCUAUCGAUAGGAUCAUUGGUGGUUUGGAGAAGAAGAACAGGGUAAUAAGUAAGCGGGAAAGGCGUACUGUUGCUUACCAUGAAGCAGGCCAUGCUGUUGCAGGUUGGUUCUUGGAACAUUGUGAGCCAUUGUUGAAAGUAACCAUUGUUCCUCGCGGCACAGCAGCACUUGGGUUUGCCCAAUAUGUUCCAAGUGAGAACCUUCUCAGGACAAAGGAGCAGCUUUUGGAUAUGACUUGUAUGACCCUUGGUGGUCGGGCUGCCGAGCAGGUUCUCAUUGGAGCAAUCUCCACUGGAGCACAAAAUGACUUGGAGAAAGUAACCAAGAUGACAUAUGCCCAAGUAGCCAUCUAUGGUUUCAGUGAAAAAGUGGGUCUCCUCUCUUUCCCUCAAAAUGAGGAUCAGUUUGGGAAACCAUACAGUGGCGAUACUGGUAACAUCAUUGAUCAGGAAGUGCGAGAUUGGGUGAACCAUGCAUAUGAACGUACCGUACAGCUUAUAGAAGAACACAAGGAGAAACUAGCUCAAAUUGCAGAGUUACUUCUCGAAAAAGAAGUACUUCACCAAGAGGACUUGGUUCGAAUCUUGGGUGAGCGACCCUUCAAGAGUGCAGAACCCACAAAUUACGAUAGAUUUAAGCUAGGGUUUCAAGAUGAGGAGAAAGCUGCAGAAACCACCGUCGAUGAAGCCGAAGAGGGUAGUGGGUCUUCACCUCUAGAACCUGAGGUUGUUCCCACAUAGUUAAGUUUAUGUUUGUUACUCUUGUACAUGAAAUUGAUAAUCUUGUUUAGUCAUUUUGCUGAUAUGGAUAACUUGUACGGUUACUGCAAAAUAAAAAUAAUUUGUUUCUUAUUUUUCUUUUUUACA